AUGGCCAAGGCAGGUUACGCAGAGCUCGUAGCUCCUGAGGCUCCAGCACCAACAGCCAUGGCCACGAUAGACUCCAGACGCCUCUUCGCCCGUCAGGAAGAUAAAGACCUCUGCGGUCUAUACACUCAAAGUGAAAAAGCCACGAGGGAUGAGCAAGGCGCAUACUGCACUGGUUCCGUGUAUUCUCACUGCUGGACAGGAAUCAAGGAGAUUGACGGCGAAGAUAUCACGGCGUACAGAUGCGACAGUACAGCUGUAGACGACCCCAUUUCCGUAAUGAUGACCAUCGAGAGCGAAGUGACCCAGACCAAGACGAACGACGAAGGAUCACCAACAGUUAUCGUGACAACACUCCCGCCUGUGACAGCUACAGUCAGCGUGACGGGUGAGCCCGCCAGCGGAAACUCGGAUGGGGGUUCCCAAACGCCAAUUGGUGCCAUCGUCGGUGGCGUGGUCGGAGGUGUAUCAUUGAUCGCUCUUAUAGCAUUCGGGCUCUGGUUCAUUCGCUUCCAGAAGCGAAAGGCUGCGGCGGACAAUGCCAAAUACAACGCUCAGUCUCCUUAUGGUCAUCCCUCGAUGAUGCAGCAGGCCAUGUAUGAGCAUCCCUAUCCAGGGAACCAAGGAAAUCCGACACCUAUAUACCACCAACUCCCCGCUGAGGAUUCUGAUCGACCAAAGCCCAAGACACCGCCGCCUGCUGAGCUGCCCAACAAUUCGGUAUGA